AUGCCUCUUUCUCAGCUCCAGGGAGUCAAGUUGCCGGCCUCGGCGGACUUUCAUGUCCAUUUGCGGGAUGGGCCUAUGAUGGAAUUGGUGACACCCACUAUUCGCCAGGGUGGUGUGAAUACAGUCUUUGUCAUGCCCAACUUGGUUCCACCCAUCACCACGGUUGAUCAUGCCUUGGACUACAAGAAGCGCCUGCAGGCUAUUGAGCCAAACGUCAACUACCUCAUGUCCCUGUACCUGCACGAAUCGAUUACCCCCGAGACCAUCGUCGAGGCGAAGAAGCGUGGUAUCACCGGCGUCAAGAGUUACCCGGCUGGUGUCACAACCAACUCGAGUUCUGGCGUGGUGGAUUACACCUCCUUCUACCCAGUCUUUGCGGAAAUGGAGCGCCAGGGCCUCAUCUUGAACCUUCACGGUGAGGCUCCUUCCAAGGGGGAUGUGACGGUGCUGUCGGCCGAGGAACGAUUCUUGCCCAUCUUGGCGGAGCUGCACGCCCGCUUCCCCAAGCUUCGAAUCAUCCUGGAACACUGCACCACCGCCGCGGCGAUCGAGGCGGUGAAGCAAUGCGGUCCUACCGUCGCUGGCACCAUCACUGCGCACCAUCUGUCCAUCAUCAUUGACUCCUGGGCCGGUGACCCAUUCUGCUUCUGCAAACCCGUGGCCAAGACCCCCGCCGACCGUGAUGCGCUCCUCCGCGCAGCUGCAUCCGGUAAUCCCAAGUUCUUCUUCGGUUCAGACAGUGCUCCUCAUCCGUCCGCGUCCAAGCGCGGCGGCGAAAAGAUUGCCGCCGGCGUCUUCACUCAGCCGUACACCACCCAGGUCGUCCUCGACUCAUUCGAACAGGCCGUAGAGAACGGUGUCCUCAAGGAUGAGGACAUCACGCCAGAGAUCGUCGAGGGAUUCAUGAGCAAAUUCGGCCGUGCCUUUUAUGCCAUUGGCGAGGAACAGCAAGAUUUCAUCAAGGUAGAGAAGAAAGGUGAGAAGAUCGUGGAAAUUUUGAAGUCCGACAAGACCGAUGUGGUUCCCUUCCGCAAGACCCAGGAGACAUGGACAGUAACUUGGCUAUAA